GACGGAGAGCAGCUUCACUCGGGGCGGGUAGCCGGGGGGGGGAAGAGAGCGCCCCCCCCGCCGACCGACCGCCAGCACCGCCGCGGCGGGAGCGAGCGAGCGAGCGGGGCCCGCGCCGCUGCGCCCAGCCAUGGACAAUCAGUGCACAGUUCAAGUAAAAUUGGAGCUGGGGCACCGAGCCCAACUGCGGAAAAAGCCCACAACCGAAGGCUUUACUCAUGACUGGAUGGUGUUUGUCCGUGGCCCAGAGCAAUGUGACAUCCAGCAUUUUGUGGAAAGGGUGGUCUUUCGGCUACAUGAGAGCUUCCCUAAACCCAAACGUGUGUGCAAGGAGCCCCCAUACAAAGUGGAGGAGUCUGGCUACGCAGGCUUCAUAAUGCCCAUUGAAGUGCACUUCAAAAAUAAGGAGGAACCGAAAAAGGUUUGUUUCACAUAUGACCUUUUCUUAAAUUUGGAGGGAAAUCCACCUGUGAACCACCUUCGUUGUGAGAAACUGACUUUCAACAACCCCACCAAGGAAUUCAGACGCAAACUUAUUAAGGCUGGAGGGGUGAUGGUAAUGCCAGAAGGAGCAGAAACUGUUUCAAGGCCAAGUCCUGAUUAUCCUAUGUUACCCACAAUACCACUGUCUGCCUUCUCUGAUCCCAAGAAAACCAAACCAUCCCACGGGUCAAAGGAUACAAACAAGGAAAGCAGUAAGGCAUCUAAGCCACACAAAGUAACCAAGGAGCACAGAGAGAGACCAAGAAAAGAUUCUGAGAGCAAGAACUCCUCCAAAGACCUUGAAAGAGAACAAAACAAGCCUUUGAAAGACUCCUCCAGAAAACCAACUGAGAACAAACUGCCUAAGGAGGAAAAGGCACCUCCAAAAGCUGCUUUCAAGGAACCAAAACUGGCCGUGAAGGAGACCAAACUGGAGAACACUUCUCCAAAGGGUGGGCCACAGCCGGAGUUAAAGUCUUCCAGCAAGAGGCCCUCCAAUGUGGAGUCACCAAAGCCUAGUGCCAAAAAGCAAAAAAAGAGCAGCUCCAAAGGGGUAAAGAAUAUCCUAGGGACUUCUCCCAGAACCUCGUCUUCCUCGUACCCAGAAAAGAAGCAAACCAAGGAGAAGAUGAAUGCCAAAGUCGAAAAGGUAAAAUCUGAAAGUGAGGCCAAGGAGAUCAAAAAGCCUGUGGAAAUGGAGGAGUCAAAUUCGGAGGAUGAAACUUCUUUCAAGUCGGAGUCUGUCCAGUCCAGCCCUUCCAACUCCAGCUCCAGCUCCGACUCCAGCUCUGACUCUGAUUUUGAACCAUCUCAGAACCACAGUCAAGGUCCACUGCGCUCCAUGGUGGAGGAUUUGCAGUCGGAGGAGUCCGAUGAUGACGACAGCUCCUCUGGAGAAGAGGCAGCAGUCAAAACAAAUCCAGUCAGCCGGGAUUCCAGACUGAGCCUUAGUGACAGCGACAGUGAUAACAGUGCAGACUCCUGCCUGCCAAGUCGAGAGCCUCCUCCUGGUCAAAAACUGCCCCCAGCAAAUAAUAAGGCAUCUGGAAGAAAAAGCCCAGAGUCUUGUAACAAGCCAGAGAAGAUCCUGAAGAAGGGAACUUACGACAAGGCCUACACAGAUGAAUUAGUAGAGCUUCACAGGCGACUAAUGGCACUACGAGAGCGCAACGUGCUACAGCAGAUUGUAAAUCUCAUUGAGGAAACUGGGCAUUUUAAUGUUACCAACACAACCUUUGACUUUGACCUCUUCUCCUUGGAUGAGACAACCGUCCGUAAGCUGCAGAGCUACUUGGAAGCAGUAGCAACAUGACGCUUGGCCUUCGAAGCAGGCUGCUUUUGAAACCAGAAAUCCCAUUUAUUGGUACCAGGAAAUAAACCCAUGGAACUAGGCCUUCUUAUUCUCUUGAUUCACCCGAAGCACUGCCUUAGAGAACAGCCAUGCUCUAUGAAUGCACAGCCAGCUGCACUUUCUUGUAGGCUUCAAACAAGCACCCAUAUUGCUGAGUCUGUCCUCCCUAGCUUCAUAAAUACGCUUGGGCACAGGUCCUGAGUAGAGCAAAAGAUGUGCUGCUCAUAGCUGCACACCGUGACUUUUUUUGGUUUUAUUUCAAGAAACUGUGUUGUAAGAACACACUUUUCAGGAGUCUCUGAGAUCUGAAGAAAUGGGGACAAUAUUUUCUUCACUGAAUCUAGGGACCAGCCUGCCCUGCAGAGAGCUCUAGUGAGUCAGAUUUUCUCCAGCUCUGUGAAGAAUUGUUCAUGCUGUGUAAGCAAGAUUGGCUUUUACAAAGCUAGCCGAGUGACUAAUCCCAGAGAAGGCUUCCCAAGGGUCCUGCUGGUCUGUUGCAGAAGCAGACAGAUUCCAGUUUUGAUCACUUGCAAGUUCUGCCGUGGCUUGGUACAGAGUACUGCUGUAAUUUGGCUCCCAAUUCCUAUGAGGCAUUGCUCCGCAUGCAGAACGCAGGACCUUACUCUGUGUUUCAGCUUCCUGGAGAGACAGUUUGUGCUCUUUGAAGAGGUUUCUAGAAUCUGCUGUCUCCCGUUGGGGGUUUGAGACAUCUUGUUUGUUGACCUAAGCUCCUAAACAAAGUCUCACUCCUUUCAGUCUGCUUUAACUGUAAUAGGACUACAAAACUGUAAGCUGUAUAUUUUAUAUAUAUAUUAUAUAUAUGUAUGUACUGUAUGUAUAAGAAGGGCCUAGUUGGGUCUUAUGAUUUUAAGGGUGUGUUUUUUCUGUUAUGUUUUUUUAAUGGCUAUAGAAGGGGAAGGGCGCUUAAGAUUUGAAUUGUUUGUUAAAAUGCCUCUUGUGGACAAUUUUUAGUGUAUGAAAGCUGAACAGCAAUCUUCAAAGCAUUUUGUGCUCUGGAAGGGACUCACCUGUCUUAUUUUCAUUUGUCAGUGUUUAAUAACUUUGCCAAAAUACGUGAUUGGUUUUUGUUCUAUGUUCUCAAGGAUGAAUCUUUCCUACAUUGGCCCUAUAGUAGUGGCUGUACUUGGGAAAACCAAAACAAGGGAGAAUUUUUAUCUUGGGACACAUCUGGAAAACUCUGAUACAAAAACAAGUGAGAUCAGGUUUGUUUCCUCCUCCCUCUUCCCUCCCCCCUGCCCGCUCAAGAAAUGGCAGGAAACAGUAAACACUAAUCCAGAAUCUUUUAUGUAUUUCUAGUUAAACUAGUAUUGACUUUCAAGUAUUGUCUGUAUGUUAGAUGGGUGUGGGGAAAGUCUUGUAACUUUUCUCAAAAUUGUAUUAAACUCUUGUUUCCUAAAUUCAGUAUUUUCUUAAAGAAUUACUCAGUUUUUCCAAUCAGUAUGUAAGCUUUGGCCAAAUCUUAAGUGGGCUGCUGGCAGUGAGGAGGAAAGCGGCAGUUCAGAGGAGCCCUCUGCUAAUGAACAGACCACCCAUGUCUGUUUGAAAAAAAAAAAAAAUGAAAAGAAAGAAAAAAAAUCCCCUGUGGGAGCUGGGUGAGUUGCAUCUUUCCAGGGUUUGCUGUCCUUAUCCAGUAUGGAAUUACAGUCCCUUGUUUUGGGUUACCUCUUUCUUUAUCAUGGAAAUGUUGCAACUGAUCAAUUUAAGUGGCAAUAUGAUGAUAAGCUUGUUUGAGUUGGGUCAUGUUGACCCGAUUCCCGUUAAUUUUGUCUCUUUGUACCAUCUUUCAUGUGUCUUGUAUAUAAAAAUCAAGCUCAUGCCAGGUGCGUACCCUGUGACAACAGUGAUCUUAGCUGUUUUCUCUCCUGAUGGACAAUGCCAAGCCUGGAUAGAAACCCUGUGCACGAACGUACAAUGAGAAGGUGGAGGCCUGCUGCAAAAGGAGGAGCUACGCUUCUGUCUUGAGGCCUGCAGCUGGAUAUCCCUUGGUGGAGGAUGCCGCACGCAGUACGCGAGCUGCCGCAGAUUUCGCCCUUGUGCUGCCUCAGGCUUAGUGGGUAUGUGUGAACUAUUAAUAGUCUCUGUUCAGUCGGUUGCAGAGAGGGAGCAAGCCUCGUAAUGUCGCCGGCGUGCCCAGCCUCGAUCCGAUCUGCUGCGCCUGCGGAGCAGCCCUGGGCGUGCUGCGCCAUGGGCCGGCCACCCCCCACCACGAAGGGGCGGGUGUGGCGAUGCUGUCCUGUCCCUGAAGUGGUAGGAGCAACAGCGUUAACUGCUCCAAGUCUGAGAUCUCCCAAGGUUUUUGCCUCCUCUCUCCUCCCCAGGUAACUUACCCCCAGAACCAUUGCAUCUGUGUCACCCGCACUGACAGCGUUUCUUCCAGGACUGUAAGUAGCUUCCAGAGUUACGGCACAAGGGAUUAGCGAUGUACCUCCCUUCUCCCCCUUCUCAUUUUAUGAUCCGAAUCAGUGUGUCGCUCCCAGCUCGUCCAAGAACGAGCGUUGGAGGGUGUUCCUGAACUUAGCUGGAAGCGCCUGGGGCUCUCACCCAAAGCUCUGGCACUAUCCUGUCCUGGAAUCAACUUUAUUCGUGAAGUCUAAUGAGCAUUAGUGGGAAUUUUGUUUGGUUUUAUAAGAAGUAUUUUACAUAUGGUUUUUUUAGACUGUUUAUAAUCUCCUUGAAAACCUGAAAUAAUAGAAUUGUUCCCCCAGCAAUAGUUCUUCUCCAUUGUGUGCACAUGCUGAUUUGUUACUAAAAGGUUUCUUGCAAGUACUUAGUUGUUCUACAGAGUUGUUGUUUUUUGGGGUAUGUGGUAGCAUUGGGGACCACAUGAGGAAUGACUCUGCAAACAAAGAAUGGUCAAAUUUGGGCCUCAUCUUGUGUCCCCUUCUAGUUACAUAUGAGAAAGUUCCCUGUGUAGAUUCUCUAUAGGCUGGCUGAAUGCUGUUCUGAACAUGCCAUGUACAGGUAUUUGUGGAUAAAGUGUUUGUUCUUGUGUCACUCUUGAGAGCAUGGAUGGAUUAGUGUAAAAUAGGAAGGAGGUGGCAGUGCUGCUGUUGGCAUUGCUCCACAUCUUCGAGGAUGUGUAGUAACUUGCAUUGUUUAAAAAAAAGGAAAAAAAAAUCCAAAUUUGACUUUUAGCCAUAAUGGUUUUUCCAAGGAAAAUGGACAGAACUCUGUUACUUUUCAGUGUCCUUCAUCUUGUUACUGAAGGCAUGAACAAGUGAUGAUCAAUCUGAAGGCUUUCAGAGUUGCUUUGAAUUGAAUCAUGUGGAGGUAAGAUUAGGACACAGCUUUUCCUUUGUCCUUGGCCUUUGUAUUAAAGGGCAAAAGAGGGGUCAGGAGUACUUUCCUGUUGUCUUGGUCUGAUAUGUAUUAAGCCUUGAGGCUUUGGUUACUGACAUUUACUAUUAAAAAAAAAGAUAGGCUGGCUGGAGCCCAGAAUGCCAGCCUGAAGUGUACUGGACACAUUGGUAAUGAGACUGGCUCUGUCAUGGUCAGGCUGAAUAUAUGGAAGUGCAAUGAUUUAGCCACCGGUUCUUAUGCUCUUGUGUGCGGUGGCAGCAUCAGAACUAGCAAAGAAAUUGAUGCAACAAUCCAGGAACAGUUUUUGUCCGAUCUGGAACAUAUUUGAUGGUAAGAUAUUCAGAUUCCCUUGUGGAGCUUGCCCCAUCAUGUUCUCUGCAAGCAGAGAUUUAAGUCACUCUGGUUCAGCAGAUUUCAACUGUAACAUUCUCUAAUGCACUAUAGCAGUCGGUGUACUCAAAAGAAGCUUCUUCUAUUAAUUCAGGUGCCUGGCACUCACUAGUUGGCACGCUUCUGUCAAUGCUAUAGACAACCAAUGUGCACCUUGUACAAGUAUUACUUUUUAAAAGAUGAAAAAAUCAAUUGGUAUUUUCAUGGGGGCAUGAAAUAGCCAUCAAAAACUAAAGAGGUGAGUUUGCACUCCUAAAGAAAAUGUAAGUACUUCAACGUCUAGAUAAUUUUUAAUUGUAUUUCUGCCUGGAGCCAAGGUAUUAAAUACCUUGUCACUUGAGGAUUUUAAAAGUUGUGUUGGGAAAUGAGUUCUUCACUCAGCUGUAAGAAAUUCAGCUGGCCCAAGACCAACUUGAAGAUUAAAAAAGAAAAAAAAAAUCAUGUUUGUAAUACAUUACAGGAUUGUUUGUCCUGAAUUUUAAACUUUUUGUUAAAUUUGUGGAACUAUGGAGGAAUUUUCUAGAAAAAGUGAAAUAAAGUAAGAUGGAAAAGUAA